AUAUAUAUAUAUAUAAUUAAUUAAUUUAAAUCAAUAAAUAAACUAAUUAUAUAUAUAUAUAAUUUAUGGCCAUAUAUUUAUGAGCAUACAGCCCGCAUACAGUCUGCAUCCAAGGCAUACAGCUAAACUGCGGGAGCAGGGGCGGACUGACCAUUUGGAAACUCAGGUACUGCCCGAGGGCCCGGGGUCAGUAGAGGGCCCCAUGAGAUGCCCCUGGUACCUUUUUCAUAGGCUUUUUUGUUUGGGCAUGGACACAAGGGCCCCAUGAUCCCCUAUUGCCCGGGGGCCCCAUGAGUUGUCAGUCCGCCCCGAGUAAAAGGGAAGAAAAAUCUAAAAUUUUGAGAUGUCUUCAGAACAAGAAUAGCAAGAAAUCUUCCCAUGUGGGUACUUGUUCUGGUGACAAUUGUCCAAGAGAGAAAUUCCCUCACUUUAGACAGGUUUCCUCUGACUUCCUGUUGAGUCUGCAGAACAGGAAGUAUAGGGAUAUCUCUUGAAUG